AUGUUGCUCAAGCCUGCGACACCCCUCACCAUCUUACUGCUGAUCGCCUUUGCGCUUUUGCUACUCUCAUGUCUUUCAACCCCUAUUAUUAAGGGAAUUCCUCUAGCGACUUUCAAAGAUGUCGAUUAUGGUGUCUUUGGAUAUUGCAAGGGUAGCGCCUGUACCAAUAUCCAUGUGGGAUACACGAGCAAUGAUAUAAGUAGCACCGGCGAUGAUUUCAAUCUCCCUUCCAGUGCUCGAAAGUCACUCUCUGCGAUCCUCAUAAUCCACCCAGUCGCCGCCUUCCUAACUCUCAUCUGCCUCUGCCUGGCGAUCGCGGCCCACUUCCAUGCGCCCUCCCACUCGCCGCGGUUCCUCUUGGCGCUCCUCAUCUUGUUGCUGCCAACCCUACUCGUGACUCUCCUUGCAUUCCUCGUCGAUAUCUUGCUCUUUGUGCCGCAUCUAGGAUGGGGUGGUUGGAUUGUGCUGGUCGCGACCAUCAUCCUCACUUCUUGCGGAGUGGUCACCUGUGCUAUGCGCCGCACCCUUGUGAGCAGGAAGGCAAGAAAGCGCCGGAUCGCGGAAAAUGCCGAAAUGAGCGGGGAGAACUAUUACAACCGACAGAACGCCGCUGUAGCUGUGGCUGCGCCCCCCGUUCCGGAUCCUGUCGAACCCAAGGAAGCCUUCGUGUCGAACUCUCUCAACUCAGACUCGGGCCCAACAUUCGCAUCCUUCCAUACUGACACGCGCGACAGUGAUGACGACCGAACUCCUCUCAAUACGCGGACACCGAUGAGCGAUAUUCCAGCACCCCCGGAGCAUCGCGGUGCUCCCUAUCCCGCUCCGCAAGAUGAAUUUGCCAAUAUCCCACCUCAGGGACCGGGCGCGUACGGUGCUGCACCAGUGUCACGGAACCACUCUGAUCCGCGAAUCCGCCCCCAAUACUCCGAUGGUAGUAUGGGUUCUCGAAGAGGAGGAGCGCCGCCUGGCUUCAAUGGACGCGGGCGGGGUGGAUAUCCACCUCGUGGUGGACGCGGAGGACCAUACAUGGGACCUCCACGUGGCCCUUCCCCUGGCUCCCGGGGUGGCUACACGGGGCCAAUGCCAGGCCGUGGAGGUCGUGGUGGAAUGAUGCCACCUCGAGGACCCCCAGCGGGCUAUGGUCCCGGUCCAGGCGGCCCCAAUCGCGGGUUUGACGCAUACGGUCGAUCUGUGUCGCCUCCCACGGAUGACCAUUAUAGCUAUGGGCCACCGGGUCAGAUGCGCCAGCCAUCUCCUGGUCCUAUUGGCAUGGCCGUGUCACCGGAGACGGUAGGCCAAGCCAUUGAGAUGACUCCGCAACAUCGGCCGCAGUACGAUAUGCAUGAGUCGACUCAACCAAUGAGCAGCGUACCACAAACGCUGUCAGCUGAAAUCAACAGUUCCGCCCCGGAAAGUCCGACAAGCAUGUACAGUCGACCUGGUUCCUACGUUCCUCCUCGCUCGGCCUGGAGUGGAAAUGAUCCUCGUACAUCCCCGCGCCCGCCGGGGCAACCUCUGCAACCCACCAACAGCGGUACCACUUACUAUGAAGACGUGGAUCCCCGUUUCGCUCGUCGACCAUCACCCCCUACUGAAUCUGCGAUUCCCCCCUCUCUGACUCCUGGAGCUGUCCACUAUUAA